AUGGGCCUCUCGGACUUGGAGUUAGAAACACUCAUGACCCACGCAAAGAGUAGAUCAAGAUCUAAGCCACAGAAGCAAACAAAGCAUAUAAUACAGAAAAUUUUCCUUAGGCUUAUAGCCUCAAAGGCAACAUUUCUAGCAACGACCAACUGGCUCAACGUCAUUUUCAUCAUUAUAAUUCCUACUAUAGGUUUCUGGAAAGCGCGCAGUGUGCCUCUCCACACACCUACAGCUCUCUGGACUGUCGUAUACUAUUUCUGUACUGGGUUCGGGAUCUCAGCAGGAUACCACCGUCUCUGGUCCCAUUCGUCUUAUACCGCGUCACGGCCACUCAAGCUAUUCCUGGCUCUCUAUGGCAGAGGGGCACGUGAAUUUAUAUGGGCUCACAUGGGGUGGAUGAUCAAGAAGCAGGACCCCGAAACUAUCAGACGCGUCUCGAUAUCCAACCGGAUAAAGAUCCGAUUGUGGACUUACAUUUCCCACUGCAUCGCUGGGCUUGGAUGGGGGGAUUGGAAGGGCGGUUUGAUUUAUGCUGGUUUUGUACGGCUAUUCGUCGUGCAGCAGUUAACAUUCUGCAUUAACUCGAUUGCCCAUUGGAUAAGAGAGCAAACAUAUGAUAAUACGCGGACGCCGAGGAAUAAUACUUUCGCGGCCUUGAUCACGUUGGGGGAGGGCUGGCAUAAUUUUCACCACGAGUUUCCGAGCGAUUAUCAUUGUGCAGUGCAAUGGUAUCAAUCCCUUGGCCUCGCGGGCAACCUGCAAAGACUCCACUCGAAUGAAAUUGAGAAAGGUUUAAAGCAGGGGAAGAGGGCGCUUACUGUUAUCGCAGGCGUGGUGCAUGAUGUUACUGAGUUUAUUGAGCACCAUCCUGGAGGACCGAUAAUGAUCAGAGGCGGGAUUGGGAAGAAUGCCACUGCAAUGUUCAACGGCGGAGUCUAUGGCCGGAGUCGGAACUGGGUGCUGGAUGAGCACCGCGGUGCCGUUGGGUAG